CUGACUGCUACAUGGAGCAAUGAGAGCCGUGUCCUCGUCGCUACCGCUGCGAUCAGCGGUCACCAGUUUGAUUCGGCCGCCCGCUGCCUGGACAUGUCGAGAAUGUCUCCUCUCUGCCUCCCGAUCCCGACCUCGAGCCAGCAUCGUCACAAGCAUACGAGAGCAGGUCGCACAGCCAGGUAUCGCGAGCUUCUCCACGAGUCGGCGUGUAGCUGCCCAGGCCAGCGGGCGAGCAUGGCGCGAGAGGAUACAGGACCGCAUAUACGACCCCAAAGAGAGGCGCAGAGUGGCCAUCGCAGCCACAGUCAUUUUCCUUACAGGAUCGGCGGCAUUAGCAUUCAGCGAACAAGCGCGACAUGUCUACAUUGGGGCGGAGAGAUGCGGCAGAGUGGCCAUAUGCUUGGUCCUCUGCAUACGGGAUUACCGCAACAUCUUGAAGCGUGAGGACUGGGACGAUCCAGAGUUUCAGAAGGAUAUAUCUGCUUGUCACAAAAGAUGUGCGCUACGGACAUUGAAGGCUAUGGAGAAGAAUGGCUCAAUAUUCAUCAAGCUCGGGCAGCACUUGACUUCGUUGAAUUACCUCCUGCCUCACGAAUGGUGUGAUACGUUCAUCCCGCUGCAAGACAAGUGCCCAGUGUCAAGUUAUGGCAGCAUUGAAGAUAUGGUGUACCAGGACACUGGUCGAAAGCUCGAGGACUAUUUCUCCGAGUUCGCCGCGGAGCCGGUGGGAGCAGCCUCACUGGCACAGGUCCACAUUGCGAGAUUAAAGGAUACAGGAGAGAAGGUGGCAGUCAAGGUGCAACAUCCCUCAUUGGACGAGUGGGCGUCUCUGGACAUGUGGCUGACGACAAAUACAUUUCGAACGCUGCGCUACUGGUUUCCCGAGUACGAUCUGACCUGGCUCAGUGAUGAGAUGGAGGUCUCACUGCCUCAAGAGCUGGACUUUCGGCAAGAAGGAAAGAAUGCCAUGAGGACGAAAGAGUACUUCUCCAAGAUCAAAAACACGCCAUUGAUAGUGCCCGAAGUACGGUGGGCAGAGCGUAGAGUGCUGGUCAUGGAGUAUAUCACAGGACAUCGACCGGACGAUCUCGCGUAUCUGGACGCCAAUGGCAUCAGUCGUGAUGAGGUAGCGGCUGCGUUAGCGAAGAUAUUCAAUGAGAUGAUCUUUGGCAAAGACGCGCCUCUGCAUUGUGAUCCUCACGGGGGUAACAUGGCCAUUCGUCUCAACCCCAACAAGAGGAAGCCGUACAACUUUGAUAUCAUUCUAUACGACCAUGGAUUGUACAGAGACAUACCGGACCACUUAAGGAAAGCAUAUGCGCAUAUGUGGCUAGCAGUAUUGGACACCGACAUUCCCAACAUGCGCAAAUACGCGUAUGAAAUCGCGGGCAUUGGCGACGACGACUUUCCGAUUUUCGCCUCCGCCGUGACAGGUCGCGAUUAUGGCGUAGUCGAACGAGGCGUGGCAGUGGAGCAGCGCAACGACGAAGAAAAGCGCAGUCUGACCGAACAAAUGGGUCAAGACUUGGUCGAAAAGAUCGUCGGACUACUUGGGAAAGUCCCACGCGUCAUCCUUCUCAUCCUCAAAACAAACGAUUUGACACGGAGUCUCGACGAAAAUCUCCACACGACACAAGGUCCCAUGCGAUCCUUCAUGAUCCUCGCACGAUACGCAGCGCGUUGUGUCUGGGAAGAACAAUGCGAGAGUGUCCAAGGCAGUGUCCUGUGGCCCUCCAAUUUGGUACGACUGAGCGGAGCUCUGUUCGAGUAUACCAAAGUGGCGCUCAAAUUGCGAUUGUACGAGUAUUACCUCUUUGUGCGAGGCACGCUCGGAUUGCAGAAUCCUGUCAGUCCUGUCGGCAUGCAAAGAAGCUAAGAUAAGGUAUGGGUAGGUAGGUAGGUAAUUUCCCCCGAGAGGAAAAAGAAAAGGGAAUUUUGUAGAUACAAAGGCUAGAGCUAUCAGGUAUGCAUACGUACCUACAUGCAUGGAUGGAUGGGUGGAUGGGUGGAUGGAUGGAUGGAUCAACUGUACAUGCACAAGGUACUCCUUC